AUGCAGCAUGGCCUCGGAGGGCCAGGAUACGUCAGCUCGGCUCCAGGGGGGUAUAGGAGCGAGACGGCAUUUCCAGAAGAUGAUGUCUAUCGAAGCCAUCAUCCCCACCACCCCAUGGCAGCUCAUUCAAACUCUUCCUCUUCGUCACAAUAUGUGGAUUCUACAAAUUUGGCUCUGCCUCAAUCAGCGUAUUCAGGCUACUCUUCUCAUGCACAUCAUGGAGGUACAACAGACCAUCCCUUGCCAUCUAGAUUCUAUCGGGAUGCUGACCCGUGGACGACAAGUCAACAGGCACCUUACUUUCCUUGCCCGACGAAUCCCUUCGCUUCAGAGAUGCCAAGGAUUGUUCCGCCCUAUGAAACAGGGAACAGUGGAAGUAGUUCUGGUGGUCACUACGGUCACUAUGUAUCGCAUGGAAUGGUCAGCCAAGCGUCCAGAAAGACGGACAUGAGAGGAAAAAAUGGAUCGUGGCCCGGAAUCGACAUGACAGGAUCUAGUGGAACCGGUGGAACAAGCAGUGGAAACACUACAGCCUCUGGAAAUGUGGAUAUGCCUCAUGAUGGAGUGGCCAAUUCGAUCGAAUCGCAGGAGGAGAAUAACGAGGAGGCCGACUGCGAUAAUGACAAUCGGGCAUCCACCAAAAGGCAGAAGAAACGCGGUAUUUUCCCCAAAGUUGCAACCAACAUUAUGCGCGCUUGGCUUUUCCAACAUCUCUCGCAUCCCUAUCCAUCAGAGGAGCAAAAGAAGCAACUAGCCCAAGAUACCGGACUAACGAUUCUACAAGUGAAUAACUGGUUCAUCAACGCCCGAAGACGUAUAGUUCAGCCGAUGAUUGAUCAGUCUAAUAGAGCAGCACCCCAUAUGUACCCAACGGAUUCAACGAACUCCUGUUUGAGUUACAUGGAGGGCUCUCAAUAUGCUGCCUACAGUCGGGCCGCCGCGGCCGCUGCUGCUGGAUUGGCAUCGCACUCAAGUCCAAGCGAAAUGUACAUAGCAGCAGCCGCUGCAGCAGCGGCUGCAGUUGGAGGGAAUUCAGGAGCAGGUCAGCGAGGACGUAGGGGAGGAGGGAGCGGUGAUAUCGGUGUCAGCGGUGGCUCCAGUGGUGGAUUUAUUGAUCCCUCCUCCAUUGGCCCGGGAGAUUUCUUCAAUCCUAGCUAUUACCCAACUCAAAAUCCCUAUGGCCCUUCAUCUUACGCCUCUGCUGCAGCAGCCAGUUCAAACGCGUAUCGUCCACAAUAUCAUGGUGUUGGUGGCAAUUUGGCAGCCUCGUAUUAUCCCGGAAUGUAUAAUCAACUUGAGGAUGCUCUUCCGUAUGCUCAUUCAAUUGGUUUCAGCUCUACUGAUGAUGUCAAGAAAAUCAAUACUUGCUCAUCAGCUAAUACGUCUACCAACACAUCAACUGAAUAG